AUGACUCCGAAUAGGCAAUACAUGAUGUCCCCCAUGGAGCACGUGGAGAGUCCAAUCUCUAAAGACAGGAACCUAUCGUCUUCCCCCACGCAACUUUCAUCACAGCGGCUACCACAAACUGUACCGGUACCCAAACCUCGUAUUCUUGCAGAAAUGAUUCCCGAAACCGAAUUAUUUCAGAAACCUGACGGGGGUACAACAAUAACUCCACAUUUGUCUAGAGCAAAAAGAUCCCGAGAAGCGGAAAUGGUGACAGCAAUGCGCAAGAUCGAAAACGAUCAAGACUACUUCUACACAAAGCUGAAACAGAUCAUGGAGCCUCCAUCGCGACAAGAGUCGCCGCUACCUGAGUUAUCACAACUUAUGGAUAGUCAAGGAAACUAUCUACUGGAGCGAAUUUACAGAUCGCUAGAUUUAUAUGGGACCCCCUCAAACUAUACCGACGAUGUGACGAUCGUGAAGCACUUUUUCACCCGGCUACUGCCGUCGGUAUCUUCAAGUUAUAAUCCAUUGUGGCCAGGAGCUGCUAUUCAAUACUGCGACAAAACUAUCGUCAGAAGUUGCUUUGUGUCUCUCGGUGCAUUGCAUCUUGCCGGCUGGGUCAACGACACGGGCACCAAACGUAAGCUACUGGAAAAAGGCGCUUUGAAUAUCAACAAUACACUCGAUUAUCUUCUCCGCUUCAUUCAAGACAAUAAUAUCCAUAACUCUCUCAUGAACAGCAACUUCCAAGCCAACGAUGCAUCCCCAAACAUCCUCAGCUCAAAAAAAUCGGUCUUCUUCGUAUGCUUCAUGUUAUACGUUCAGGUGCUAUACGGCAUCCUGGAGAAUGGCCGCUCUGGGUUAUCUAGAGUGUUUUUCAAGUUAUUUGCCCAGCUGGUGGAACACAGCACAUUCAACGUGGCACAGGAACUCAGCCAGGCUAACAAAACCCUAUGUGUAAGCAUGGCCUGGUGGGACACUGUUUCUGCUCUUGUUUCGCCGGAUUGUCGCACACCAUACUGUAAUCCCCGCUGGUAUAACCUGGAUAGGGAUAUAGAAGAGCAGUCGGGGUGUCCAGGACAGCUAUUUGUGUGCAUGUCGAAGUUAUGCCAUCUUCGCAACGGAAUCAAGCACAACAAGCUCCUGGGUACAGAGAUCAGAAAACUCUACUGUGAGCUGCGCACAGAGUUGUCUGAUUACAGAAUGUACGUUUCCUAUAACUUGCAACCGCCCAAGGCAAGCAAGUAUUCCGAUAAAAGUUAUUACCUGAUGAGACUCAAGAUUGCCCAAUGCUGGUCAUUGGCCAUACUGACAAAACUUCUAAGCACCGUGAGACCGCACAAGGAACACCGAUCUAUCAUAGACCACAUUGGAUGGGAGUUCGCAGAUGUGUACUCAUCUCUGGACAAAACGUUGCCAUUGGUAGCACACAUGAUAUGGCCAGUUAUGCAGAUUGCCUGCGAACACAAAGAAUUCAUAACUUAUCUGAAAGGAAUUGAAGGAGUUUAUAAUUCUUCCAGCUUCUCUAUGGUGGUCAAUCUAGCGAAUGCUGUCUGUUCCAGCGGAGAGUCGCUGGAAGAGAUACUGGCGGGCAAAACAUGGCUUGCGGCAGGGAUAGAUCUGCUACCUUUAUAA